GCUUGGAAGUGGACAGUGCUCUAACAGACAGACAGAGGACACAAGGGUAGAAUACCAUAGAGGAGGAAGAAUACAGAAAAGGAUUUUGUUAAGAAUGGUAAAAAGAAGGGAGCAAAGAAUGAGAAAAGAGUGAUAAAGAGAGCUGUAAAAGUAAGGUCCUGUGUGCUGUGUGAAAACACUCCACCCUCCAUAAACAUUCAGCCAGUCUGUCUGUUUCUUUAGCCUGUCAGUACUGUGUCGAGGACAAAUCCAGUGAAGCGUGUUUGUACACUAAAUCCUAACAAAACACCUAAAAUACUUUAAAAUUAUUUCAGUAAUCACUAUAUUGUUGACAGAAUAUCACUGCAGUGAAGCUGUGAAUUCGAAAUCACUGAAAUCAUUAACUCACAUAGAUAACCAACAAAACUAGCCCAUAUCUCAUCAUGGCCCCUAAGAAGAAGGCACCUCGCCCUAAAAAGACAACUCCAGAGCCAGCAAGGUUAGAGAGUGAAGCAUUGGUCCCCGAGACAGGUGUAAAAAAAAUAGAAAUGCCUCUUAGCAUUGAGCAGUUAAAUCGUCUCAAUGGAAUGACCCUGCCACCAUUGAUCCGGCCUGGAGAGAGGGGUUUUGGUCUGGGUGGGGAAAUCACCCGCCCCCUACACGGAUCUGCUCUUCUGGAGGAGUUGAGCCGUAUGAGACAGGAGCGCUUUCUUACUGACUUGGAGCUGGCUUGCAAGACUAAGGCCUUCGAUGUCCACAAGCUGGUCAUGUCCUCUGUCAGCCAGUACUUGCGUGAAGUUUUAGCCAAGGAUCCGGGCCUCAAGCGCUUGGAGUUGCCCACCAUAUCACCCUUAGGUCUAGCCAAUGUGAUCACCUUUGCUUAUCUUGGCCGUGUGCACAUGUCUCUCUACACUAUUGCCUGUACUGUGUCUGCUGCCUGCACCCUGCAAAUCCCCCAUCUCCUCCAGAUGUGCAUGGACUUCCUGAUGGCAGAAUUAAACGUGCACACUUGUGUGUACGUGUGGAACAUCGGAGCUGCUUAUGGCCUGGGCCCUGUGCGGGAUUCUGCACGCCGCUUUGUGCUGGAAAAUUUUGCCCAGUUUGCAGAAACACCCCAGUUUACUCAGCUCACCCUGGAACAGAUCACUGCUUUUCUUCAGGAUGACAAUCUUAUCCUGCCUUCAGAGGUCACCACCUUCCAGGUGGCCAUGAAGUGGUUGGACUUUGAUCCAAAGAGGCAAGCUCACGCUUAUGACCUACUGUCUCAUGUACGGUUCGAGACUAUCCCCGCCAGUGAGCUGGUCAGAGAGAUUCAGCCUGUUGCUCGCAUGAUGCAGGAUCCUCAAUGCCACCGUCUACUGGUGGAUGCCAUGAACUACCAUCUGCUACCAUACCAGCAGAAUGCUCUACAGUCCCGCCGUGCGAAGGUCCGAGGCAGCCAGACUGCUCUACUAACCAUUGGUGGACGCCCCUCCCUUACAGAGCGUGCCCUGAGUCGAGAAGUUCUAUGGAGAGACCCUCGUGAUGGAGUUGCUACAUGGCGCCAUCUUUCUCAGCUUCCUGCUAAGAGCUUUAACCAGUGUGUUGCUGUGAUGGAUGGUUUCCUGUUUGUGGCAGGUGGAGAGGAUCAGAACGAUGCUCGAAACCAGGCCAAACAUGCUGUCAGCACUCUGAGCAGAUAUGACCCUCGCUUUAACACAUGGCUGCACCUGAGUAGCAUGCGCCAGCGGCGCACUCAUUUUAGCCUUGUGGCCACAAAUGGGCGCCUUUAUGCAAUUGGUGGCCGUAACACUGAUGGCUUGUUGGCCACCACUGAGAGCUACCUGCCCUCCACCAACAGCUGGCAGCUCCGUGCUCCCAUGGAUAUGCCACGCUGCUGCCAUGCCAGUGCUGUCCUACCCUCUGGAGACAUCCUAGUGACUGGUGGCUAUGUCAACUGUGCUUACUCUCGCUCUGUGGCCUGCUACAAUGUGCAGAGCGACUCCUGGAGUGAGCAGGCACAAUUGGAGAUGCCACGUGGCUGGCACUGCUCCACCACACUGGGUGGUAAAGUGUAUGUGGUGGGUGGCAGCCGGCUGAGCCCAAGUGGAGAGCGCGUGGAUGUGCUGAUCACCGAGGUGUUCUCACCUGAAAACGGCCAGUGGAGCAGGGCCGCCUCCCUGCCCUUGGGAGUAAGCACGGCUGGUCUAGCCUCCCUUAGUGAAAAGCUAUACCUUGUGGGUGGAUGGAAUGAAGCUGAGAAACGCUACAAGGCAGCUGUGCAGCGCUACGACCCAGGUACCGACAGUUGGUCGUGUGGAGAAGAGCUGCCGGAACCCACAGUGGGUGUGUCCUGCUGUGCUCUGGCACUACCCCCACGCCACACUUCACGCAAGCAUCGUAACACCCCAAACCAUGAAGAACAAGGUGGCAUCACUGCAUGAGAGAGGGAGUGAGGGAGGAAAGAAUGAGGCCAAGAUUAGUAGUGAGGGGGAGAGAGAAAGAGAACAAAAGAGAAGGGGCGGACAGUUACUAGCCAGUGAGGAUUCAACAAGUAAAGGAAGGAGAUGGUAUGGCAGAACUCCUUUAUUAUUAAGAGAGCAUUAUGUUUCAAGCCAUGAAGGAAGUUUAGUGUCAAAAUAUAGGACUCAUUUAUUAACAAUGUGAAAAGAUCUAGGCCAACAAAACAUGAGUACAUGGGACAAACAUUUGAGUGAGUAGGUGGAUAUGCCUGUGUGUGAAUACAGUUCUAGACGAGUUCUAGAAAUUCAUUGCAAAUGAAUACAAACGCACAGAGGCUCUCUAACAACAAAACCUAUCCAUCUUAGUAUAUCUAUUACACUACAUAUUUACUGUAGUCUAAUUAUUUAGCAUAAAUUGAUCAUAACAAUUUACUUAAAGACUAAAAAUGUGAUAAGUAUUUUUUCAUUCGUUCAUAUUGAUUAUCCGGAUCAGGGUGCUGGUGAAUCCUGAGUAUAUCCUGGGAACACAGGGCACAAGGUGAGAAUACACCCUGAAUAGGAUUCCAGUCACGGAACCAUGCACACAUAUUAAUAAUUAUUUAUUUAUUUAACUCUGUACAUGCAACCCCAAACGAUUUAGUGUGAAUGGACAAUAUACCCUCAUACAUGUUUAUAGAAAAUAUGACGCUAAGCUUCUUGGAAAUCAAUUCUUCCCCAAAACUAAAAAAAAAAAUAAAAAAAAUAAAUAAAUAAUAAAAAAAUGAAAUUUAUAAGUUAGUGUGAAUGUCUAUAGCUAUGAAUGUCUAUGUGGAAAAUCAAAAACACGUAUCUAUGUAUCUACAAAGAUAGAAUUCCCACAUGGUAAAAAAUGAAAAGGCAGUGUAUUCUAUAAAACUUCAUUUCAAAACAAGUUCAGAUAAGACCAUUUUUAAAAACUAUAUAUUUACAUCACAUUAAAGUUUGAAUAUCAAUUUAAUUUAAAUAUCAAUUGUAGUACAUAAGGUUUUUCUAAUAAAUUAAUAUACACUAUCUGAGUUUUAACUUUAACUGGUAAAAAAUCAGUGAAACCUAACACACAUCAUCUUCAUUUUAAGUUCUAAAAGUAUGCAAACUGUUGCAUUAAACCAUCGCUAAUAAUUUGCAAUGAUGAGCCAUAUAUUAAAACAUAACAUUUCCUGUUGUCUGGCUAAUGUGCAUCUACAUUUCUGGUGACAUCACCUUCUACUGAGGCCAUUCCACUGUAUACAAAUCCUUAAGAGAACCAGUGAACAUCCUAGAGAGAGAACGCCGCUCCAGACAUAGAGAGAAUUUUGAAAUGUGAAAUAAAAGGAAGAAGAAAUGUCACUGAUAAUGCGGAUAAAUUCAUUUACGUACAAUGUCCCCUUUAUAUGGUCACCAGCUGAUUAAGGCUUCUGCUUUGUGUUGAUUGUUGACAUAAUAAUGUAGGUGUUGCAAAUGGCAUAUGGUGCAGAGGGCACUAAUUCUCUAGGAUAGGAUUUCACUUGA